UGGGCAGUCCUGCCAUCAUAACAAACAACUUACUGCAGAUGAGUUUGAGAGCUUCGCUUCUCCUGUCGUGUUUGUGGUUCAGGUCGCUAGUUUCUGUCAUUGAUCAGAAAGUGCAUUAGUAACGGUAACUGUGGAUUUAAUCUUCCUCAUCCAAAGCUCUGCUUUUAUUCGAAUGACUUGACGUAAUGAUGCAAAGACGAAUGGCGACAUGUUCGAAUUUCCCGCCGAAACCUACCAGUACCACUCGAAUUAGAAAACAUUAUUACAAGCUUACUGUUGUGAAUCGGCUAAGGAACAUGACCAUUUCACCAGCUGCAUGUGAUUUUGGGCUGCUGGGAGGGCAGGAGGAGGACAUCAAACCUCAGGCGGCAGUAAUUAGGCGGAACCUCUUUGGCCCUGUGGACCACCAGCAGUUGCAGCAGGACUUCCAGAGGCUGUUCUGCAUGAGCGUGGAGAACGCCAAACAGCGCUGGAACUUUGACUUUCAGAGGGACCAGCCUGUCCCCGGCUGCGUUGAGUGGGAAGAGCUGCGGUGUCAGGACGUGCCAGCGUUCUACCAUAGCUGUGUGGUCAGGCCCGGUAUGACGAAGCAAAUGGUAGAAGCAGCUGUUGGAGGAGGAUCCUUCGCUCGUUCCUCUCCAGCUUUGGCCACAGAGAAAUAUAUGGAGCUUCGGACCAGAGGAACUUUGAGGGGAACCAAGCCAGAGAAAAGAAUCAAACGCAAACAAGCAAACAUCACAGACUUUUUCAGAGUGACAAAAAGAAGGUUUCUUCAUCACAAAGCUUCACCAGGACAGUAAACAUUCAUUGGACUUUUUUUUUGUGUAAAUGUACAUACAAUACCUGCACAUGUAGCUCUUCAAACUGACCAGCAAAUAAGGCUAAUAAUAGGAUAUAUAUAUAUAUAUAUAUAUAUGUAUGUAUGUAUGUGUAUAUAUAUAUAUAUAUAUAUAUAUAUAUAUAUUCUAUCUCACUAAAUGCAGUACCUAUUAAAAACCUUAACCUCUUGUACUUAUCAGAUUUUAUUGUUAUAACAUGGAAUUAUGACCAUUUUAAUUGAGAACCAGUUUCAGAUGUUACAGUACAUUUGAAUAAUUAGAAGCAAUUAGCAACUGAAUGAGAAUUCACUUUCUUGCUAAAUCAACCAAAUACAUUUUGAAUUCAUUACUAAGCUAAAAAUUUUAAUAUAUAAAUUUUAUUCCAUGUUGUUAUACAGUAAAUUUUGAAAACGUUAGGAAUGCACUGUAAAAAUAGUGCAUUCUUUAUUUUUGUUGUGCACUGAAUAUACAUAUAUACAUACCUAUAUAUAUAUAUAUAUAUAAAACAAACAAAUACUGUGAACAUUUACAAAAAUGCACUACAAAAGGACUGUUUGGUAACAUCAUAAACUUUUGCAUUUCUCAGAUUCAAAAUGCAUGGAUCCUUUUAAAGGAUUAGUUCACUUUAAAAUGAAAAUUAGCCCAAGCUUUACUCACCCUCAAUCCAUCCUAGGUGUAUAUGAUUUCUGAUAAACACAAUCAGAGUUAUAUUAAUAAAUAUCCUGAUGCAUCUGAGCUUUAUAAUGGCAGUGAGCAGGAUCAAGUAUGAGCUGAAGAAAAAGGGCAUCCAUCCACAUCCGUCCAUCAUAAACGCGGCUCCGGGGGUUUAAUAAAGGCCUUCUGAAGCGAAUCGAUCCAUAAUAUCCUUAUUUAACAAGUUAUGAAGUAAAAUAUCUAGCUUCUGCCAGACUGCCUUCCGUAUUCAAUUUAUGAAGAAAGUGUAAACUGGUGUCGUGUCAGUUAAACUUUUUUCAUAAGUUGAAUAGGGAAGGUGUAGGACGUAGCAUAAGCUUUUUGAACUGCAAGAGUUUUACACUUUCUGCAUAAGUUGAAUACAGAAGGCGGUCUGGUGGAAGCUAGAUAUUUUACUUCAUAACUUGUUAAAUAGAGAUUUUUUUUUUACACAAACGCACUUCAAAAGGCAUUGGGGUAAUUUUCAUUUGAAAGUGAACUAAUCCUUUAAGUGGCAUCGGUGCCAGUUAACAAUGUCUUACCAUCAUUCUGUCCCAAUUUUGUUAUUUAUUUUCCUGUUUUGAUAUAUUACAAAAAAAAAGGUAUGUUUAACCUGAGCCAUUCAUGUUUUUCAUGAAAUUUGGGUAUAAAAGUGACUGUUAUUAGAGUUACUAGCAAACACAAGGUAUGCUUCAAUAUCUUUGAAGCUGUGUAAAAAAAGAUUUUGUAAAUGUUUUUUUAAAUGGAUAUUUCCCUUGAAAUAUGUUUGAGGAGUGUUGAAAAGCCUUUGUCUUAAGUUGGAGUCUUACCUGUAGUAUUAGCAUAUCAAGGUCUUUUUCCAUCAAUCAUUUGUACCAUACUUUUUUUUUAAUACUGUAUUUUUUUCUUGUGCAUGUGUGAUAUACUUAAAAAUAUGCGUGUUUAUGUGUUGAAUUAGCUAUUCGUUUGACAUUAUUUGGUAUUAAAGAGGCAGCUGAUGCGGUUAACCAAAGUAAUUGCUUUACAAUAUACAGAAAGCCUUAAAAUCCUUUGAACUGCUGUCAGGAAGAUCAAAUUAAGCCACUAAACCAAACCAGAAUUUGUUUGAAAGAAUUCCAGUUUCAGCUUGCAAACAUGCUAAACAUUUCUGAUAUUUUCAGCGACUUCCUUUUAAAGCAGUACAUUAAAUUUGAAUGUUUUUAAAAUGCAGUAAUUGAAAAAAAAUAGUACUCUACCUCAUGAAAUGACAAUGACCUUCAUUUUAUAUACACUCACUGACACACAUAUAAGAAAACAAAUAUGUUAAAUGUAGCAUUUGUUUUUAUUCCCUCAGAAGUACAGCAGAAUGGCAAGGAAGUAUCUUGUACUUCACUUCAAGUUUACAGGACUUUUGUGUACUUUCAUUGGUCCAGUUCUUGUUUUAGAACAUCAGAAUUCACGUUUACUUUAUUCUGUGUCAUUCUGUUUUUUCAAGUGCCUCUUGAUAUCACCAAUUAACUCUUGUAUUUUGCACUAUAUGUUUUCAUAAUUGAUGUGAUUUUUUUUUUUUCUUCUUCCUUUUACCCCACAGCUUUUGUUUCAGAUCUGUCAGCAGUAUUGUAUUCAGUGCAUGGCAUCUCUUGAGAAUCAGUAGUCAUGUAUACUCAUAUAUGAUUGAAUGUUACUUAUGUUAAAACAUGUUAAUACUAGCUGAUUUUAUACGACUGACGUACGAGUUUGCAUAGUAAUCAAAAAUCACCGAUAAAAUGUAUGUACAAAGCCA